GUGCGGCCGUCGUACGUCACUAGUUCCGUUUGUGAUGAAAACGCGAAAAACUUGCGGAAAAUCUUCCAUUCCCAGCCAGGGCGACGGUUGUUGCUUGUUCAGUUGCGGUUAUCCUGUCGUCGUUGUCGUUGUCGUUGUCAUUCCUUUACCGGAGUCGGCCGUGUUCACGAGUUUGCGGGCCGGGGCCACGCUACGGAAAGAGCGUCCGGGGUCAAUAUUUGGCGUGCAAGCGCGAAUCGAAAAACGCGAUGUCACCGCAUUCAAACGAAUCAGUGUAGCUGCCAGCUAAAGGCGAAUACCAGUUCCGCGCCAAACCAGUGCUUUACGGGAACGCCACCCGGAGUUUCAUAAUCAAAUCGCAAACAUCACAUCGCAAACCGUUGAAACCCGAAUGGAAGCAGCAAACAGCAGACGGAGGCAGAUGUGAAACGGGAAAGCAAAGUUUUAUCGAUUCUGAACAAUAAAAAUCAGCACCACAUUACUUCGGCCGCCCUCCAUCGGUGGUCGGUUGGUUAACUUCUCUGGGCCAGGAGAACCGAGUUCGUGGCACACUACCUCAAAGUACAAAAAGUUAUUGUUUUGUUUUUUUUUUUUUUUCACUUUCUCUGUUCGAAUUCCGGUCACGGCCAACUUUGGUUGCUCUGGAAAUCGGUUUCCCGAAAGAACCCUUACCUUACCGGAAACCAGCGGAUGUCGGAAAAUCACGGGGCAAUCAGCAGGAACCAGCAUUUACUUAAUGAGUGGGUGCAACGUGUCGAAUUCUUCCGAGUGAAAGACUGGUGCCCAUGGUCUCUAAUAUGUGUCUUACUGAAGCGUGCGGAGGAUUAUGAAUAAAGUGCUCUUUUAUAGUGUCUUCUACCUGUCAUUUGCGCUAUGGAUUUACGCGGCUACCGGUGCAUUAACUUAUCGACUUCCAGCAGACGUUAAAGUGUACGAUAAAAAUGUCAAACCAAGUUCCAUUACCGACAUAUCAGUUUCACUCUACAUCAACCGUAUUUCGGGGGUGGAUGAGAACAAAGAGGAGAUCUCAAUCGACGUCUUUCUGCAAGUCAUCUGGGAGGACCUACGGCUGGCCCCGAUGGAGGAACCGGAAAUGACAAAACAGUACGUGGAGCUGACACCGACCGAGCGGAACAUGGUGUGGGUUCCCGACCUCUACAUCCGGCAGUUGCGCGAGAUGAAAGUGAUGACCCUGCUCGAGGAAAUGAGCAGUCUGCGGUUGUACAAAAAUAGCACCUUGUCACUGAGCAUAGGAGCAACAAUAAUCUUUAAAUGCGAUAUGGAUUUCGUUUUAUAUCCACUAGACGUACAAAGAUGUCCGGUAGAUUUUAGCAGCUAUAAGUAUACCGUUAAGGAAAUGCGCUUCCGUUGGAAAAACGAUAAUGGUCUUACCUUUCCGAACGACUUCGGGGAUCAGUUCUUCCGAUUGCCAAAAUACGUGGUCUCGUUCUACACCGAGCAGGAACCGCAGACGAUUCACUACGGUGAUGCCCUUCCAGACAACCACAGUUCCGCCCGGCUGGAGAUUACCCUUUCGCGCGAAGUUAAAAGCUACCUGCUAGAGAACUACCUGCCCUCGACGCUAUUCGUCUCGAUGUCCUGGGGUUCGUUUGUGGUCGUUCCGGAGAUCGUCCCGGGCCGGAUGGUGCUGCUGGUGACGACGUUGCUCUCCUUAAUCACCAUGUUCGACACGGUUCGCAACAAUUCGCCGGACGCACUGGAACUGAAAUGCUUGGAGGUGUGGCUCAUAUCAUGCACCCUCUUUGUGUUCUUCGCGCUGAUAGAAUAUUUUAUCGUCCUGUUUGGCAUCCGCUACGACAAGCACUGGCGAGUGGCGCACAAAACCACCCAUGUACAGGUCGCUCCCCCGGUGCAGCUCCAAUCGACCAUCAGCCUGGCGGAGACACCGAUGAACUCGACCCAUGCGCGGCGCGAGAAUGGAAUAGAAAAUGCCAACCUCAGGGUGACGGGUACAAACCGUGUACAACCACAGGAAGGGGAUCCAUCCAAAGCGAACUCGAUCGGCAAUCUGUCGGGCAGUUUCCAAAACACACAACACGUCACUUCCGUUAUGACCCGAAGACGUGUUCACAGCUUCCGGAACGUGGCCGACGUGGCGCUGAUGUAUGCCGGCUCGCAACGAGGCCGCUUGGACCAAAUCUCGCUGAUCAUCUUCCCGCUUAGCUUUCUCAUCUUUACAAUCGCCUACUGGACAAUGUACAUUAGCGAAUCGAAUAGAAAAAAGCUUUAGGGGUUUUCCAGAGCUUUCUGUUAACCUUUGAUGAAGAUAAUAAUAAUGUUAAAACCUAGUCGUAAAUUUAGCGGAGAAUCAAAACUUUUAACAACCACAUAUCAUUGAAGUAUUAUACAAAUCAAUUGCCUUAUAAAGUAUUUUCUCUAGUCAAUCCAAAACAAAACAAAAAAAAUCCAACUACACCAGAUUGCCUUUGCAAUUGUACAGCAUCGUUAUCAGAUCCUAGAUACGUUUUUAGUUAGAGAAAUAGUUUGUCUCAUUGAAAAUUUUUAAUG